AUGUCAGCCUCCCAUAUCUUGCACCGAGGACGAAGCGUCUUCUCAAAGCUCAACAAAAAGUACCGUCUUCCCACCACAUCCGCUACAUCCGCUGACCAUCCCCAGGGCUCCUCGUCGUCCGUCUCCUCCUUCUCCACCACCCCGUCCUGCGAUUCCUUUCUCUCCUCUGCGGACAGCACCGCUACCACCACCACCAAUGACUCUAUCAACAGGGACGCCCCAGCCCAGGAUCCUCACGAUGCUGCCCGGGCUCAGCACUUCUUCGAGCUAGGCCAGCAAUUGCUCUUUGGCCGUCACGGUCAUGCCAAAGACGAAACUGCGGCUGUGGAAUACUACCGUAUGGCUAUGCAGCUCCGCCACUUGGAGGCGCAGGGCGCUCUCGCCUUUUGCUUCGAGUUUGGCCUCGGCAUCCAGGCCGACUUUGUUGAGGCCGAGCGCCUUUACAUCCUGGCUGCGGAACAGGGCAAUGGUCUGGCCAUGUCUCGUCUUGCCUUCCUGCGCAAGUACGGCCGUCCCUCCGUUAAGAUUGAUCGUAUCGAGUCCGAAUACUGGCAACAAAAGAUCAACCAGCAGGGUCCCGCGGCUCUUACCUGGCUCAUGGAGGCCGCUUCCGUCGACAACGACGACUGCUGUCAGUACGCCUUGGGUGUCUGCUAUCAUGACGGCGUCGGCGUCGAAAAGAAUGCGACCGAGGCCUUUCACUGGUACCAAAAGUCGGCUGAGCAGGGUAAUGCUCGCGGCCAGGGCAUCCUUGGUUACUGCUAUGGCGAGGGCUUUGGUGUCGAGCGCGACCGACAAAAGGCAAUGUACUGGUACCGCAUCGCUGCUGAGCAAGGCGAGUCCGUGGCGCUCUACAACAUCGGCUACUGCUACGAGGACGGACUCGGUGUAGAACGCAAUGCUUAUGAGGCUGUCAAGUGGUAUCGCCGAUCGGCCGAGCUUGGCAAUGCGUUCGCACAAAACUCUCUUGGGUACUGCUAUGAGGACGGCGUCGGGAUCGAACAAAAUCUGGAGCUCGCAGCAGAAUGGUACACCAAAUCAGCUGAACAGGGCUAUCCCUGGGCAGAGUGCAACCUCGGAUACUGCAACCAAAACGGCAUCGGUGUUCCCAAGGAUGACGCCAAGGGCGCUUACUGGUAUAGGAAGGCUGCCCUUCAGGGACACGCCCGCGCUCAACACAAUCUCGGUUUCUGCUACCAGAAUGGCAUUGGUGUUCCCAAGGAUCCGGUCGAGGCCGUCAAGUGGUACAUGAAGUCAGCAGAGCGUGGCAACAUUUUUGCUUUUCACUCUCUCGGUUAUUGCUACCAGAACGGCAUUGGUGUCCAGCAAAACCUGGACGAGGCCGUCUACUGGUACUAUCUCUCGGCGGAGGAGAACCAUGCUCCCGCUCAGCUCUCCCUCGGCUAUUGCUUCCGCAAUGGUGUCGGUGUCCCCAAGGAACCCAAGGAGGCCGUCAAGUGGUUCUACCGUUCGGCCAUUCAAGGAAACGCUUUGGCCCAGAACUCACUCGGAUUCUGCUAUGAAGAGGGGUUGGGAGUGGAAAAGAAUCGCGAGAAGGCCGUUUUUUGGUAUGAGAAGUCGGCAGCACAGAACAAUCCUUGGGCGCAGUGCAACCUUGGCUUUUGCUAUGCGAACGAAAUUGGCGUGGCCCAGAACUAUGAGAUGGCGGUUAAGUACUACUCGCUGGCUGCUGCCCAGAAUCAUGCACGUGCCCAGGACAAGCUGGGUGUCUGCCUGCAACUCGGACAGGGUAUUGCUCAGGAUGUCAAGCUGGCGGUGCGCUAUUUUAGAUUGGCUGCAGAGCAAGGCCAUCUCGCUGGCCAAUAUCAUCUUGCCAAUGCUCUUGAAAAGGGCCUCGGCUGCGAAGUUGAUCUGGAGGAGGCGUCCAUGUGGUUCGAGCGCGCAGCAGCAAACGGAUGCAGGACCUCGCAUGAGCGACUUCAACGACUUUUGGCUAGGGCAUGUCUCGAGAAUGGACUGGAGAGCAACUACAAUGGUCUGUUCUUGGGCGCCGUCGGACACUGUGCUCCUGCAGCAUAG